UCCUCGCUCCGGCAGCCAAGUUGCAGAGUGCAGCUCAGCCUCCCAGACCGCGGCUGCUUUCCGCCGGGGUUCCCCGCAGAGGAGCCGCCGCCGCCUCCAUGUGCGUUUCCCGCGCCGCGUGCUGACAUCACUCCUCGUCCCACACGCCACGCCGCCGCCAUGUCCAACGCCAACCACGACCCCUUCUACUCGUCCCCCUUCGGACCUUUCUACCGGAGACACUCGCCCUACGUGGUGCAGCCCGAGUACCGGAUCUACGAGAUGAACAAGCGGCUGCAGACGCGCACCGAGGAAAGUGACAGUUUGUGGUGGGACGCCUUCGCUAGCGAGUUUUUCGAGGAGGAUGCUACGCUAACGCUGUCCUUCUGCCUAGAAGAUGGACCAAAGAGAUACACCAUCGGGCGGACGCUGAUCCCGCGUUACUUCAGCACGGUGUUCGAGGGCGGCGUGAGCGAGCUGCACUACAUCCUCAAACACUCCAAGGAGUCCUUCCACAACUCCUGCAUCACGCUGGACUGCGACCAGUGCACCAUGGUCACCCAGCACGGCAAGCCCAUGUUCACCAAGGUGUGCACGGAGGGUCGCUUGAUCCUGGAGUUCGCCUUCGACGACCUGAUGAGGAUCAAGACUUGGCACUUCACCAUCCGCCAGUAUCGAGAACUCAUCCCGCGCAGCAUCCUGGCCAUGCAUGCACAAGACCCUCAGGUGCUGGAACAACUGUCCAAAAACAUCACACGCAUGGGUUUGACCAACUUCACCCUCAACUACCUCAGGUUGUGUGUCAUCCUGGAGCCCAUGCAGGAGCUCAUGUCCAGACACAAGACCUACAACCUCAGCCCGCGGGACUGUCUCAAGACCUGCCUGUUCCAAAAGUGGCAGAGAAUGGUAGCGCCGCCAGCUGGACACCCGCAGAACUUCAAAACAGAAAUAUUCCCCACCAAUCACAAAAAAGGUCGCGCCAAAGCUGAGCCCGCCCGACAGACCACCACCAAGAGGAGGAAACGAAAGAACUCCGCCAGCAGCGCCAACAGCGGCGUUGGCGCCGGCAAGAAGCGAAGCCCCGCCUCCAACUUCAGCCUCUCCAGUCAGGUACCUGACGUGAUGGUGGUGGGCGAGCCGACCCUGAUGGGCGGGGAGUUCGGGGACGAGGACGAGCGUCUGAUCACCCGCCUGGAGAACACGCAGUACGACGCCACCAACGGCCUGGACGACGAGGACGACUUCACCAGCUCGCCGGCGCUGGGCAACAACGGGCCGUGGAGCGGCAAGGUGGCCAACGCCGGCCAGGACAGCAAAGCCGACAGCGCGCCGCCGCAGGCCUCGCAGUAGAACUCGAACCGUGGAUCUUUUCUUCUUCUUCUUCUUCUUCUUCUACUUAAUCUUCUUCUUCUGGCGGUGGACAAGACUAACAGCAGCGAUAGCCACGCCCCCUGGACUACUCACUUGCUACGCUGUUCAAAUGUAACAAAGAAAAAAAAAAACAACAGCAAAAUGGACAUCUUUUUUGUCCUUGGACUGUGAUUGGUGGAGCUGCAGGUCACAUGACAUCGCCGAAGAAGAAGGGUUUUGUUGCCGUUGUCGUUCCGGGUUCCUUUUGAAAGCACGGCACACUCGCGAAGAAGUUUGUUACUUUGUUAGUUAUUCUUCUUUCCUUCCCACACGACACAAACGGCGAGUCCCGCUUUUUGACGUUUUUCCCUAAAUGUCGUCUCAUGUGUGUGAACUCUGCAGGUACAGCAGGUCUGGGUAGUUUUUUCCCCUCAUCCCUCACUUAAAAUGUGUAAGUAAAGUAAAGUUGUACAAUAUAACCACUACUAGUAUAGUACCGCAAUACUAAUGAAUCAUAUUCAGUACUAUACCACCUCUAAAAAAGUACCAUCCCCUCCUGAACCACCAAUCGUCACAUUACUGUUUUUUUUUACAAGCAGAGGAGCAUGUUCGGCAGUGCACACACACCGAGUACUUACAAGCAGACGCAGUGUGUACACAGAAAAGGAAGAAUGGACGCAUUUUGGUGUAAAAAGUAAACAUAAAGGUGAAGUUAAAACACUGAAACACCCUCAGGAAGAGGUGCUUUAAGACAUGGCUCGCUAUCUAUCGGCUAACGUCCAUCCGCAGUGUUUUAGCUACUUCGAAAUCACUAAUCCUGGCCUCCAUAGCGACAAAUAAAAUACGUUUCUUACAUGUAGAUUAUCACUGGAGGAUGGAUACAAUAGCUCAUCGGUCACAAUGUAAACAAACGCCAUGGGUGGAUCCACACCUGGCAUCCACUGUAAUGAUACAGUGGAUGCCAGGUGUGUGUGCGUGUGUGUGUGUACGUAAGUGUAUGUGUGUGUGGGAUUGACUUCAUUUUGACUUGCCUAAAUACACUGCUUACCCACGCUCCUCAUAGGUAACUUGUCUGUCUGUCUGUCUGUCUGUCUGUCUGUCUGUGUGUGUGUGUGUGUGUGUGUGUGUGUGUGUUUGUAUGUAAGUGUGUGUGUGUGUGUGUGUGUAUGCAAGUAUUUGUGUAAGUAUGGGUGUGUGUAUGUAAGUGUGUGUGUUUGUGUGUCUGUGUAAGUGUGUGUAUGUAAGUGUAUGUGUGUGUGAGAGAGUGUAUGUAUAUUUGUGUACGCGUGUGUUUGUGUGUGUAUGUAAGUGUGCGUGCGUGCAUGUGUGUGUGUGUGUGUGAGAGAGAGAGAGAGUAUGAGUGUGUGUAUGAAUAUUUGUGUGUGCGUGUGUUUGUGUGUGUAUGUAAGUGCGUGCGUGUGUGUGUGUGUGUGUGUGUGUGUGUGUGUGUGAGAGAGAGAGAGUAUGAGUGUGUGUAUGUAUAUUUGUGUAUGCGUGUGUUUGUGUGUGUAUGUAAGUGUGCGUGCGUGAGAGAGAGAGAGAGAGAGUAUGAGUGUGUGUAUGAAUAUUUGUGUGUGCGUGUGUUUGUGUGUGUAUGUAAGUGCGUGCGUAUGCGUGUGUUUGUGUGUGUAUGUAACUGCGUGCAUGCAUGUGUGUGUGUGUGUGUGUGAGAGAGAGAGAGAGAGAGAGAGUAUGAGUGUGUGUAUGAAUAUUUGUGUGUGCGUGUGUUUGUGUGUGUAUGUAAGUGCGUGCGUGUGUGUGUGUGUGUGUGUGUGUGUGUGUGUGUGUGUGUGUGUGUGUGUGUGUGUGUGAGCGAGAGAGUAUGAGUGUGUGUAUGUAUAUUUGUGUGUGCGUGUGUUUGUGUGUGUAUGUAAGUGUGCGUGCGUGCAUGUGUGUGUGUGUGUGUAUGUAUAUUUUUGUGUGCGUGUGUUUGUGUGGGUGUGUGUGUGUAUGUAAGUGUGUGUGUGUGAGAGAGUGUGAGUGUGUGUAUGUAUCAUUGUGUGUGUAUGUAAGUGUGUGUGUGUGUGAGAGAGUGUGAGUGUGUGUAUGUAUGUUUGUGUGUGUAUGUAAGUGUGCGUGCGUGUGUGUGUAUGUAAGUGUAUGUGUUUGUGAGAGAGUGUGAGUGUGUGUAUGUAUAUUUGUGUGUAUGUAAGUGUGCGUGUGUGUGUGUGUAUGUAAGUGUGUGUGCGUGUGUUUGUGUACGUAAGUGUAUGUGUGUGUGAGAGAGUGUGAGUGUGUGUAUGUAUAUUUCUGUGUGUAUGUAAGUGUGCGUGCGUGUGUUUGUGUGUGUGUGUGUGUGUGUAUGUAAGUGUAUGUGUGUGUGUAUAUAUGGCCCGCUAUCUAUCGGCUAACGUCCAUCCGCAGUGUUUUAGCUACUUCUAAAUCACUAAUCCUGGCCUCCAUAGCGACAAAUAAAAUAAGUUUCUUACAUGUAGAUUAUCACUGGAGGAUGGAUGCAAUAGCUCAUCGGUCACAAUGUAAACAAACGCCAUGGGUGGAUCCACACCUGGCAUCCACUGUAAUGAUACCGUGGUGGAUAGGCCCGAAGCUUAAACUGCAAACAAAGUGGUUUUAGUACAAUUUACCCAUACAGUAUCCUCGGAAGGAUCCAGAAUCACACAAAAUCAUGCAAAUCAUAUCAAAAAUUGGUCCUUUUAUGCUUCCCUCAUGUGUCAAGGCCUUGUUGUUUUGCAACUGCUGGCUCCAAAACAACAGUGGAUCCCUUAGUCAUAACAAACAGUCAUAACAUCUUUUUGGACUAAAACAGACACAAAAUAUGGUAUAAAAGGUCAGAAAUUCCACUACGAUACCAAGUACAGGAGUGUGUCUAGUCGAUACUACUAUGAUUACGUCGACAAUUUUUGGCAUCACAUCUUUCGUUUUUUUUAAUUCAUACUAUGUUUAUAAAGUCAGUAAAUACGUCCCUGGAAUGUAUGAUCCUGUAACGACUUGAUAUCGGAUCGAUACCUAAAUGUGUGGUAUCAUCCAAAACUAAUGUAAAGUGUCAAAGAAGAGAAGAAUAAGUGAUGAUUACAUUUUUUAACAGAAGUGUAGAUAGAACAUGUUGAAACAGAAAGUAAGCAGAUAUUAACAGUAAAUGAACAAGUGGAUUAAUAAUCCAUUUUUUUACAGUUUGUCCCUCAGAAUGUUGACAAAAUAGUAGAAUGAUAAAUGACAAAAUAUGUUACUGCAUAUGUCAGCAGACUCAUUCGGAGUCUUUGUGUCAGGUUCAAACAUCGAUGACAUCUAUUAAACAAGACAAGAAGUGAGGAAAUAAACAGACAGAAUUCAAUUUUGCUCAAUUUGAGGAAAAACGUGUCAACCUGUAACCUCAUACAGUGUCACCCACGCUCUAACCGGAAAAAGGUUCACAUCUCCUCUUUUAUUUGGAUAUUCCCUGUUUACAUAACGACAGCUGUUUCUAAAGGAAUGAGGGGGUAUGUAAACAGCCAUUGUUUUUUGACUGGUCCUGGAUCGAGCUUGGGCAGGUAGAUAGAACAUUUUGAAACAGAAAGUAAGCAGAUAUUAACAGUAAAUGAAAAAGUGGAUUAAUAAUCAAUUUUUUUACAGUUUGUCCCUCAUAAUGUUGACAAAAUAGUAGAAUGAUAAAUGACACUAUAUGUUACUGCAUAUGUCCGCAGGUUCAAACAUCAAUGACAUCUAUUAAACAAGACAUGAAGUGAGGAAAUAAACAGAGACAUAAUUCAAUUUUGCUCAAUUUGAGGAGAAACGUGUCGACCUGUAACCUCAUACAGUGUCACCCACGCUCUAACCGGAAAAAGGUUCACAUCUCCUCUUUUAUUUGGAUAUUCCCUGUUUACAUAACGACAGCUGUUUCUAAAGGAACGAGGGGGUAUGUAAACAGCCAUUGUUUUUUGACUGGUCCUGGAUCGAGCUUGGGCAGGUAGAUAGAACAUGUUGAAACAGAAAGUAAGCCGAUAUUAACAGUAAAUGAAAAAGUGGAUUAAUAAUCAAUUUUUUUACAGUUUGUCCCUCAUAAUGUUGACAAAAUAGUAGAAUGAUAAAUGACACUAUAUGUUACUGCAUAUGUCCGCAGGUUCAAACAUCAAUGACAUCUAUUAAACAAGACAAGAAGUGAGGAAAUAAACAGAGACAUAAUUCAAUUUUGCUCAAUUUGAGGAGAAACGUGUCGACCUGUAACCUCAUACAGUGUCACCCACGCUCUAACCGGAAAAAGGUUCACAUCUCCUCUUUUAUUUGGAUAUUCCCUGUUUACAUAACGACAGCUGUUUCUAAAGGAAUGAGGGGGUAUGUAAACAGCCAUUGUUUUUUGACUGGUCCUGGAUCGAGCUUGGGCAGGUAGAUAGAACAUGUUGAAACAGAAAGUAAGCAGAUAUUAACAGUAAAUGAAAAAGUGGAUUAAUAAUCAAUUUUUUUACAGUUUGUCCCUCAUAAUGUUGACAAAAUAGUAGAAUGAUAAAUGACACUAUAUGUUACUGCAUAUGUCCGCAGGUUCAAACAUCAAUGACAUCUAUUAAACAAGACAAGAAGUGAGGAAAUAAACAGAGACAGAAUUCAAUUUUGCUCAAUUUGAGGAGAAACGUGUCGACCUGUAACCUCAUACAGUGUCACCCACGCUCUAACCGGAAAAAGGUUCACAUCUCCUCUUUUAUUUGGAUAUUCCCUGUUUACAUAACGACAGCUGUUUCUAAAGGAAUGAGGGGGUAUGUAAACAGCCAUUGUUUUUUGACUGGUCCUGGAUCGAGCUUGGGCAGGUAGAUAGAACAUGUUGAAACAGAAAGUAAGCAGAUAUUAACAGUAAAUGAAAAAGUUGAUUAAUAAUCCAUUUUUUUUACAGUUUGUCCCUCAUAAUGUUGACAAAAUAUAAUGAUAAAUGACACAAUAUGUUACUGCAUAUGUCAGCAGACUCAUUCGGAGUCUUUGUGUCAGGUAUAAACAUUGAUUACAUAUGUUAAACAAGACAAGAAGCAAGGAAAUAAACAGAGACAGAAUUCAAUUUUGCUCAAUUUGAGGAGAAACGUGUCGACCUGUAACCUCAUGCAGUGUCACCCACGCUCUAACCGAAAAAAAAGGUUUGCAUCUCACUCUUUUAUUUGGAUAUUCCCUGUUUACAUAACGACAGCUGUUUCUAAAGGAAUGAGGGGUAUGUAAACAGCCAUUGUUUUUUAACUGGUCCUGGAUCGAGCUUGGGCAGGUAGAUAGAACAUGUUGAAACAAAAAGUAAGCAGAUAUUAACAGUAAAUGAAAAAGUGGAUUAAUAAUCCAUUUUUUACAGUUUGUCCCUCAUAAUGUUGACAAAAUAGUAGAAUGAUAAAUGACACAAUAUGUUUCUGCAUAUGUCAGCAGACUCGUUAGGAGUCUUUGUGUCAGGUUCAAACAUCAAUGACAUCUAUUAAACAAGACAAGAAGGGAGGAAAUAAACAGAGACAGAAUUCAAUUUUGCUCAAUUUGAGGAGAAACGUGUCGACCUGUAACCUCAUACAGUGUCACCCACGCUCUAACCGAAAAAAAGGUUCACGUCUCCUCUUUUAUUUGGAUAUUCCCUUUUCACAUAACGACAGCUGUUUCUAAAGGAAUGGGGGGGGUAUGUAAACAGCCAUUGUUUUUGACUGGUCCUGGAUCGAGCUCGGGCAGGUAGAUAGAACAUGUUGAAACAGAAAGUAAGCAGAUAUUAACAGUAAAUGAACAAGUGGAUUAAUAAUAAAAAAUUUUACAGUUUGUCCCUCAUAAUGUUGACAAAAUAGUAGAAUGAUAAAUGACACAAUAUGUUACUGCAUAUGUCCGCAGGUUCAAACAUCAAUGACAUCUAUUAAACAAGACAAGAAGUGAGGAAAUAAACAGAGACAGAAUUCAAUUUUGCUCAAUUUGAGGAGAAACGUGUCGACCUGUAACCUCAUACAGUGUCACCCACGCUCUAACCGAAAAAAGGUUUGCGUCUCCUCUUUUAUUUGGAUAUUCCCUGUUUACAUAACGACAGCUGUUUUUAAAGGAAUGAGGGGUAUUAAAACAGCCAUUGUUUUUUUGACUGGUCCUGGAUCGAGCUUGGGCAGGGUCUUGGCUCGAAAUAAAUAACCCCUCCCUGUCUCCUCCCAUCGUACACAAUGGAAUUUAGGCUUGUGCAACAAAGACCGCCUCUGUCUGCUCGCCGGAAGUUUCCAAAAACGGAAACUUUUGUGAUAACAUAAUUAUUCUCACACUUUGUUUGUUUACUUACUACUAAAAGACAAGUUGUCAAGUUUGUUCACUAUUUAAUUUAAGGACUAAACUACAGUAAUAAACAUAUGUUUUAUGUACCCUAAGAUUUUUUGUUACAAUAAAAUUAAGUUAAGUGAAUCAUAUUUAUAUUUAUAUAGCGCUUUUCUCUAGUUACAUAGUCGAACCUAAUAUCGAAGUUACAUUUAAACCAGUGUGGGUGGGCACUGGGAGCGGGUGGGUAAAGUGUCGUGCCCAAGGACACAACGGCAGUGACUAGGAUGGCGGAAGCGGGGAUCGAACCUGGAACCUUCAAGUUGCUAACACGACGCCACUCUACCAACCGAGCUAUACCGCCCCGUAACAAAGAAAAUAAGGCCAUUUUUUUUUGGUGCCCUUUAUUUAGAAAAGUAUGGGGAUAUGGUACCAGUACCAAAAUAUUGGUAUGGGGACAACACUAAAGUUAAGAAUGCACUUUCCACUCCUUCAUGAUACCAGCCAAAUGCAGGAUUCUCACAAGAAUGAGGCAAAAAAAUACAACCAUACCUUCUGUACCUAUUUUUGUUUUUUUCCAGCCUUCUGUACUCCCUUUAAAACUCCCAAACUGGUGCCCAUUUCCUGCAUGAUUUGACUUAAUUUGAAUACGUGUGUGCUUUAUAACGGACAAACACUCUUUGGAUCGACCAGUUUUUGGGAGGACUAACAAGGUUUGUAGCUCUGUAAAUAUAGAGUCCAUUUUUUCCAACCGCCGAAACCCGCAUUGAGAGGUGAGUUGUUGUUUUUUUUCUGCAGGGGGCUUUGGAUUUAAAAAGGGGGAUUUUUUUCGGGGUAAAAUGUUGCCUGUCAUUCACAAUCCCUAUGUCAUUUUUUUCUAUGCAUUCUAAAUCGUAAAGUAUGGCAAGUCAGAGGUGGCCAUCCAAAAAGCGCCAACAAUACUGAAUACUGACCAAGUAUUGGCAAUAUUGUCGGAGAGCUAAGGUAGCGUGUGCUGCUAUGUUGGCAUGCCGAGCUGCUGUGUCGCCUCUGAGCUGGUGAAAGUUCGUUCUGGAUUAUGAUUUAUGCCUGUCACCUGGAUUAUAGAAGGAUGUGGACGUAAUCUGACGAGUUGGUCAACUUUGGCAUCUAAUUUUUUGUCUAAUCACGGAAAAAAAAAUGUUUUUGUUUUUUACAUCUUGUUCACAGGAAGAUAUGAACAAUCCCAUCAGUCGGCACCCCGUUGAGAGCAGACAUUGUACAGUAAGUGAUUGUUUUAUUGUGUUCAUAGUUUGUAUGAUUUCUUUAGCACUUAGCAAUACUGCUACAUGAUGCUUAGUGGUUCACUACAUUUGUUUAACACACAGCUGUGGUAUCAUUUUGAUCAUAUUCAGGAUCAGAAAUAUCAGUUUCUGGAUCAUCGUUAGUCCCAAAGUCGUCUUUGUUGUCGCUCAUGAAGUCUGUCAUAGUUAGUAGUGUUGUUGUUGAAGGGAUAAGUAAACAUUGUGAUGCAUUUAUGAAAUUAAUAUGUAUGCUUAAAAUGAGCAAAAUACAUAAAAAUUAUAUGGUAUUAAUAAUGUUACUGCAUUACAUAUAUACUUAUAGCAUGUAAAUAUUACAUGUUAAUAUGAAUGUUACAUUAAAUAUAUACUUAUAGCAUGUAAAUAUUACACGUUAAUAUGAAUGUUACAUUAAAUAUAUACUUAUAGCAUGUAAAUAUUACAUGUUACUACAUUAUAUAUAUACUUAUAACAUGUACAUAUUACAUGUUUUUAUAAAUAUUACUACAUUAUAUAUAUACUUAUAACAUGUAAAUAUUACAUGUUAUUAUACAUGUUACAUUAAAUAUAUACUUAUAGCAUGAAAAUAUUACGUUAUUAUAAAUGUUACUACAUUAUAUAUACUUAUAACAUGUACAUAGUACAUGUUUUUAUAAAUAUUACUACAUUAUAUAUGUACUUAUGUAAAUAUUACAUGUUAUUAUACAUGUUACAUUAAAUAUAUACUUAUAGCAUGUAAAUAUUACAUGUUAUUAUAAAUGUUACUACAUUAUAUAUAUACUUAUAACAUGUACAUAUUACAUGUUUUUAUAAAUAUUACUACAUUAUAUAUACACUUACAACAUGUAAAUAUUACAUGUUAUUAUACAUGUUACAUUAAACAUAUACUUAUAGCAUGUAAAUAUUACAUGUUAAUAUGAAUGUUACAUUAAAUAUAUACUUAUAGCAUGUAAAUAUUACAUGUUAUUAUAAAUGUUACUGCAUUAUAUAUAUACUUAUAGCAUGUAAAUAUUACAUGUUAUACAUGUUACAUUAAAUAUAUACUUAUAGCAUGUAAAUAUUACAUGUUAUUAUACAUGUUACUACAUUGUAUAUAUACUUAUAGCAUGUAAAUAUUACAUGUUAUUAUGAGUGUUACAUUACAUGUGUACUUAUAGCAUGUAAAUAUUACAUGUUAUUAUGAGUGUUAAUACAUUACAUAUACACUGAUAGCAUGUAAAUAUUACAUUUUAUUAUAAAUAUUACUACAUUACAUAGAUAUAAUUAUAGCAUGUAAAUAUGAGAUAGGCACCAGCGACCCCAAAAGCGGUAGAAAAUGGAUGGAUGGAUGUAAAUAUGACAUGUUACUACAUUACAUAUAUACAUACGUAUAGAUGUAACAAUCACAUGUUAUUAUAAAUGUUACAUUGUACAAAUAUUUAUAGCAUGUAAAUAUUACAUGUUAUUAUGAAUGUUACUACAUUACAUUUAUACUUAUAGCAUGUAAAUAUUACAUAUUAUAAAUGUUACUGCUUUACAUAUAUACUUAUAGCAUGUAAAUAUUACAUGUUAUUAUGAAUGUUACUACAUUACAUAUAUACUUAUAGCAUGUAAAUAUGACACGUUGCUACAUUACAUAUAUACAUACGUAUAGAUGUAACUAUCACAUGUUAUUAUAAAUGUUACAUUACAUAAAUACUUAUAGCAUGUAACUAUUACAUGUUCUUAUGAAUGUUAGUACAAUACAUAUAUACAUACGUAUAGCAUGUAACUACUACAUAUUAUAAAUGUUACAAUACAUAAAUACUUAUAGCAUGUAAAUAUUACAUGUUAUUAUGAAUGUUACUACAAUACAUAUAUACUUAUAGCAUGUAUAUAUUACAUGUUAUUAUACAUGUUACAUUAAAUAUAUACUUAUAUGUAAAUAUUACAUGUUAUCAUAAACAUUACCUUACAUAUAUACUUAUAGCAUGUUAAUAUUACAUGUUAUCAUAAAUGUUAAUACACUACAUAUAUACUUAUAGCAUGUAAAUAUAACAUUAUGGAUGUUUCUACAUUACAAAUAUAGUAUGUAUACAUUACAUGCUAUUAAAAAUGUUGCUACAUUACAUAUAUACUUAUACCAUCUAAAUAUGACAUGUUAUUAUAAAUGUUACUAGAUACUACAUAUAUACUUAUAGCAUGUAAAUAUUACAUGUUAUUAUAAAUGUUACAAAACCUUUGUAACUUUUUUUUUUACGGGCGAAAUAGAGCGACUCUUAUUUGCUGCGUCGAGAGCUGACUUUUGCUAGCAUUUAUUUACGAUCUAGAAUGCUUAAAAAAAAAAAGGGAAAACAUGUUAUUGUCUUACAGAAGGAUUGUGAAUGAUAUGAUAGACAAAAUUCCCCGAAAAAUGUGAAGUUCCCUUUCUCUUCCCGCCCCCCCGUCGACCUCUUUAGCUAGUGCAGAACCAAAGCCACAGAGUUAACGACAUGGUCAUUUUUUUCUCUUGUGUUUUUUUUUUUUUUGCGAUGGAGUCCAGAUCCUCCCUGCAGAAACCUCGCGGCGUCUUUGUGUUUGUGUCUUCUUUUAAUUGCCGCCCCGAUUGGUUCGUUAGCCAACACGCUCAGAAUCGGUUAUUUAUUUUUGCAUUUGUGGGGAAGCCGAGGACGAUACUGGGAUAUGUUGGAGCCUAGUGAUAUCAGACGCCAUUUGUACAUGAUAUAUAGCAGAGGUGUCCCGUGUCAUAUCUGAUGUCUGCUAUGUAUAAUUAACUUUUUGUCUGCCAAUAAAGCGUGCUUACAA